AUGGUGUUUGAGGACAUCCGGCUCGCCGUCGGCCUGCACCUGUCGGCCGGCCUUUUGGUAGGGAUCCCGAUGCUCUCCAUCCACCACUACGAGUUCAAGCCGGAGUGCUUCGCGGCUCAAGAUGGCAAUGGUAUGUACCCGUUGCCAUCUCUAUUCGCGGCGGGCCGGCAUCCGGCAUUGCUACCGUUCGCGUCGGGCCCGCGCAACUGCGUCGGCCAGGUGCACGCGCUCGUCGAGGCCAAGAUCGUGCUCGCCAUGAUGCUGCAGCACUUCCGCCUCUCCCUCCCUGGCUCCCUCCCAGUGCCGGCAGUGCGGCAGGUGGCACUCCCUUGUGGGCUCUUUGCCCGUGCCCAAGCAGCCAUGCAGACGGGCGAGAGAACUAGUUUUGAUUGUUUUACAAGAAUUGAUCACUAUCUUGCUUGCUGA